AUGAAAUACCCCAGCCAUGUGUUCGAGUCAAGAGAGCCGAUCAAGUACCUCGACGUCGAGAGCACCAAGCCGAUUUGGGUGGACACAUUGCGAUUGAUUUGGACGCAUCACGACUUUCGGACUUAUACGGGUCUAUUGUCGCUCAUGCAGAUCAGCACGAGGGAGAAGGAUUGGAUUGUGGACACUUUGGUGCCGUGGAGGCACAGGUUGGAGGUGCUGAAUGAGGUUUUUGCUGACCCGGGGAUUGUGAAGGUUUUCCAUGGGGCGUUUAUGGAUGUGGUGUGGCUGCAGAGGGACUUGGGGGUGUACGUGGUGGGGUUGUUUGACACGCAUCAUGCGUCGACUGUGUUGGGGUAUGGGGGGGGGAGUUUGGCGUUUUUGCUGAAGAAGUUUGUGGGGUUUGAGGCGGAUAAGAGGUGGCAGCUGGCUGAUUGGAGGAUUAGGCCGUUGCCGGCGGAGAUGCUGUAUUAUGCCCGGGCUGAUACGCAUUACUUGCUUUAUGUCUACGACAUGAUCCGGAAUGAUCUUGCUGCCGCGGCGCACACUGUCCAUCCGGAUGGGAAGCCGAUUGAGCGGGUGAUUGCCAAGUCCAAGAAGACUGCUUUGUCUAGGUACGAGAACCCUGCUUUUGACGAGGAGACUGGGCUGGGGGAUCGGGGGUGGUAUAACUACCUUGCGAGGUCGAGUUAUGUCUACAACAAGGAGGAGUUUGCGGUUUUUAGGGCGUUGUGGAACUGGAGGGAUAAGACGGCAAGGGAAGAGGACGAGAGCACGGGGUUUGUGAUGAAGGAGCAUGUCAUGGCGGAGAUUGUGAGGGUUAUGCCUAGUGACAAGAAGGCCCUUUGGAGCUUGCUGGAUGGGCACGCGAGGAAUUUGAAGGGAAGGCUGGACGAGUUGUUUGGGGUUGUGCAGGAGGGGAGGGAGAAGGGGCUUGCCGGGGGGGUGAGUUUGUUGCAGUUUCUUAGUGGGGGGAGUGGUUUGGCGCAGGCGCAGGUUGUGCCCAAGGUGCAGAAGGAGGAGGCGGUGGAUAUUAAGGAGUUGAGGAGUGAGAAGUCGCAGUUGUGGGGGAGUGUGCCGUUGAGUUCGGCUUGGGAGGAUAAGGGGGCGAAGAAGGAGGGUGAGGAUGAUGAGGUGCUGGAGCUUCCUCUUUACUAUAGCGCUGCGCAAGAGGAGGAGGAGGUUGGGGGUGGUGAUGUGGAGGAGAGGGUUCCAGUGCUCAAGUCUGCUGCUGAGGUUUAUGGUCAGGAGGAGCAGGAGCAGGAGAAUCAGGAGUUUACACUCAAGACGGGGAGAAAGCGCAAGGCGAGCGAGGCGGAUGUGUACUCUGGUCCGGAGGAGCAAGUGGAGGAUGAGGAAGAUGUUGAGGAGGAUGUGGAAAUGGAGGAUGCCACCACCCCUGCAGAUGGUGAACAAGAAGAUGACUCGGAAGAGGGUGAUGUCGAGGCGGCGAAGAAGACUGCUAAGCAGGAGAAGAAACUCAGAAGGAAGGCUGCUAAGAAGGCUAAGCGGGAGGCGGCUGCACAGGAGCAGGCUGAAGAGGGGGAGGAAAAGGAAGCGGAAGUGGAUGAGGAGGCGAGGAGGGAGGCGAAGAGGGCCGAGCGGAAGGCUAGGAAGGCUGCUAAGAGGGCUGCCAAGGCACAGGAGCAACAGCAGGAGGAAGAGGAGGUGGUGGUGGAGGAGGAGGAGGCGUUUGAUUACAGCAAGGCUGCUUCUGUGCUCAAGGCUGACGGGGGGGCGAGGUCGGAGUUUGAUGACAAGAGGAAGGGGAAGAAGGGGAAGAAGGAGAAGGUCUUUGAUCCGUAUGCUGCGAAGACGGGGUCGGAUUUGAAGGGGGUGAGGAAUAGGAAUUAUGAGAGGGCGGGGAGGUCGGCUACUUUUAGGAAGUGA